AUGGAAAGAAUAGCUACACCUGCGACACCGAAUACAUUUGCCGACUACGAAAACGACGAUCCUGAUUUGCGUAUGCGAUGUGUUGGAAAAUCGAUGACGUUUCAAUCCAAGACACAUCUUGCUACACCAAAUAUUAAGCCUUGGUUACGUUCACCCAUUUUAAAUUCCAAGCGGAAGAACGUUUCCCCGCGACCAUCAGAACCAUCGAGCGAAGAAGAACAAAACACUACAAAGGGUACACGUCGCACGAAACAAAUCGAAAGCACUACAUUUCCUGCAAUUGUAACUAAAGAUAACACUAAAGAAACUUCGUCAAUGUGUUGUAAAAAGCCAAGAAAGGAAGCGGCAAAACAGCGGCAAAAAGAUGAAAUGAGGCAUAGCUUACCCAGGAUGGAAACGAGACAGCAGUCAAAGUUAGGAUGGUUGGAAAGUGAACUGCCUAAUAUCAUUACGG